CAAUAGGCUUAAGUUCACUUGACUUUAACCCAACCCAUCUACUUGUGCUCGAGUAGGGAAACCGGUAAGACUUGAGACACAGAAAACACCGUCUCAUUAGGAACACCUCACGCUUGCUUCAAGAUGUCUGUAUCAGAUUUAUCUGAUAGGAUACCUGUGCCAAAACCACGAGCAAGAUACUUGCUUGGAAUGGGUGCAUCAACAAGUGAUGGUGUUGGUCCAGAUGUUCAGGCUGAUACAAAGAUGAAUUUUGAAGAAGAGGUUAAUUACAAACAUAAGAUUAGUGUGGAAGAGCCAUUUAGUCAACUGCAUACCAUCUCUGCCUCUCCUGGCCUUCAAGAAAAUGCUGCCUCUAUAGCUUGUGAGGAUUUCACUGUGAUUCCAGUCUCACCAAAAUCUCUCAAUGAAUCUCUCAACCAAGUGUCCCCAGAUUUACCAAAAUCUCUCAGUAAGCAGCACCAGAAUUCCAACAAAGCAGGUUCUACAGACCAGAUGAUGGAUGUUCAAAUAGGGCUUGUUAGAAGCGAAGACAUGUGUCACGAUCCCAAAUCACAGAAGAACCCCGACAGGCCCAAUAAACCACGUGCUGCUACCAUUCGUGUGAGCAGAAGGAAGCAGACAUUAUCGCGGUUACAUAAGAUAGCUGCUACAUCUCAUUGUGAAAGUGUGGUGGCACAAUCCAGCUGGCUGGACGUAUGGAAGGGACGCAAGCACAAUGUCCUUUGGGCCACUCUAGAUGGUCAGCUCAUGUCACUUUGGAAAAAACGCACAGACAAGUUCACAGAAUAUGUGUUUCAUGUAACAAGCAUCACCAACAUAUGCAGGCAUGAUCACGGACACUUCUCUAUCUACUUUAGGAAAAAACACUUUGAGUUCAUGGCUCACAGUGAAGCUGUGCAAAAGGGUUGGGUGUCAUCUCUCCUUGCCUCUCGUGGGGGGGAACCAGUCGCUCCACCCAAACAGCAUGGGCCACUGACCAUGAAAGAUCCACGGAAAAAAGUGCAUGCAGCUAUCUGUGGACAUAACCUUUGGAUUUACAGCAAUAAAGAGGACUUCAGUUUAGGUCUCGGUAUGACAUAUGUAUCUAUGAAUAUAGCAUCCGUGAAGCUGACUGGCCGCCACACCUUUUGUCUCAUUACACCAUACAGGACCUUUAAUUUCUCUGCAGAAACAUCUAAAGAGGCGACUAUGUGGCUGGAUUGCCUGAAUGACGUGAUCCGCAGCGCACUGUCUUGCAGUAUGGUGGCCAAUCGGCUGUGGUCGAGUCCCUGGAAUAAAGUUUGUGCCGACUGUGGUGCUGCUAACCCUGAAUGGGCAUCUGUGAAUCUGCUGGUGGUCAUCUGCGAGGACUGCGCAGGUGAACAUAGAUCCAUGGGAAGUAACAGGUCCAAAGUGCGAAGUCUGAAACUAGAUAAUAAGGUCUGGACAGAACCCUUAAUUCAGUUGUUUGUGUUGUUUGGAAAUAAAUCUGCUAAUGGCGUAUGGGGUCAUAACAUCACUCCAGCAGAGCAGAUUGGACCUGAUGUCUCUCGGGAACUGAGGGCAGUGUUUAUUCUCUCUAAAUAUCAAAAAGGACUUUACCGCAAAGCUCAUCCACUUGCUACAAGCCAGAAACUCCUCAACCAGAGGUUGCAGGAGGUGGUUAGUGGUCCUAAUGUAGAUGAGACUCUGUCUUUGCUGUGCUCUGGGGCGAGAGUUUUGUGCACUGGCACAGAGAUCCCCUCCGCCAUCAGCAUAGCUGAGAGUUCUGGACAAGCCUUACAGACAGAACUGCUGCGACACAACGAGUUUGUGGAGGCACCUCAGUUUGACAAAGUGAGAUGUUCAGAUGAAGAAAUGGAGGAACUCCAUGGAAAGCUGGAUGAGGAACGUUUUUUGUUCUCACAAGAGAAUGAGUCAGCUGCCUGUGAUGUGCUGGAUUUAAUGGAGGUCAUCUCAGUGUUUGAUUGCUCCACACAAGGAAGUCAUGCGUUUGAGAUGUUUACACUGACAGACAGACUGACCUGCUCUGCAGAUGGGCCUGAUGCUCUCCUGGAACACAUGCUGCAUGUCAUGAAGAUUUUGCUGGGGGAUACAGCAUUGGACGAGGAUCUAGAAGGUGUCUAUGCUAUGUCCAGAGCAUCUGUACGGCAGGGUGCAUCCCUCGACUGUGUUGAAGUGUGGUGUACACUACAGACAGGAAUUCUGAAUAUAUUCACACGGCCACACUGCUCAAGAGACAAAUUGCUGUUGGGCUCUGACACACACUGCUAUCUACACCAAAAUGAGAACUGCAUCAUGCUGCAGGAUGCCGAGAGAACACUGCAUAUACAGUUUGAAUUGCAGCAAAGCUGUCUGCGGUGGUAUGAGCUUAUGCAGAGGGCCACAUGCUCAACAACAGAUGGGCACAAACAUACUGAUGCUGUGCCAUGUGCUAUAGACAGAUGCAUCUCUCACAUAACACAAUAUGGUUUGAAGGUAGAAGGUUUGUAUCGGCGCUGUGGAAUUGCUCCUCAGGUGAGUAAACUGGUGGACACCUUGCAUGUUUCUCCCAGAGAGGUUGUUCUCGGAACAGAUGAAAACUCCAUCCUGGAUGUGACGGGAGCUCUGAAACAGAUCCUACGGCAGACUAUUGAGCUUAUACCACAAAAACAGCUCUGGCUUAAAGCUGCAGCUUUGUCAGAUGAAAUGCAGAGACUCCAGGCAUAUCAUAAACUACUCAACAAACUUCCUCCCGAGAAUUUUGCAAUACUGGCAGCACUAUGUGGACAUCUACAUAAUGUGCAGUGCCACAGCCAUAUGAACUUAAUGACGACUCAUAAUUUGGCGGUGGUGUUUGUGGCUACACUGUUCCAAGAGCUCGCCAUCAACAAAGACAUGAUAAAACUCACCAGAGAGCUGAUCAUACACCACACAAUGCUUUUCAUGAGCCAGGGGGAGACAGAUGAAAAAAUCAUUACUGUUUUCUGAAGAACUCACAGCUUUUCAUAACAUCUCAUAAAUGGAGAGGUCUUUUGACAAUAUGUUUGCUGUUGUUUUGCUAUUGUCGAGUUCACACGGCAUGAUUUUAGCUCAGAUUUGCAUUGCAACAAAAAUUAUUUACCUCCAACUCUCUUUGCAGAACAGACCUUGCUCAUUAUCUUUGUUUACUUUUCACUGCAAAUAAGUGUAAGCUUCUUGCAGGCUAUCGUUUUUUUUUUACAACAACUCCAGUCUCACACAUGAUUUUAGGUUUUUCCAGUAUCACUUCCUGCAUGUAUUUGGUUAUGAAACGUGGUUUGAUGACCAGACAAAGCUGUCUGCGAUUCAUCCUGUUGUAAAGUCAUGCAAUGUGUAACUCCUCUGUUGCUGAUCCAUUGAGCAAUGUGCAGCUACUUAAUUCUGUGUGCAAUGUAGUCACGCAGUGUGUUUUUGUUUCGGCAUAAAACAAAAUGAUGAUACUGCUCCUGUGAAAACCGUGCAAUGUGAACUCGGAAUAAAACAAAAUGAUGAGACUGCUCCUGUGUGAAAACUAGAAAAACUAGAAAGAAUACAGACAAAUAUAAAGCGCUGCAUCAUCUAUAUACAAAUAAACAUGACUAGAAAAAAUGUAAGAAUGUUUUUAUGUCAUUAAACGUCAUUUUAACUAAA